AAACCGACGGUGGAUUUUGAGAGCACCAGCAUGCGUACAGUAAUAACAUGCUCAGUCAAGCCAAAUCCGCCGACCAACAUUAUUUACAAAAAUAUUAGGAUAGACAUGAUUUUUUGCAAAAAAAAAUGUAACUUAAUAUUUUCUUUUAACCUAGCCUUGGAAGCGAUUUACUCCGUGCAGAUCCAUCCUCGUUGGCUUUGGCCAUGCCAUCGGCAGCUUCCUCGCUCAUGCGGUUCGCCGGUGCCGCUCGCUCAGCUGCGGCGACCGCAUCUCGCUUCGCGCGCUUAGCUGAACGAGCGGCCCUCUCCACGAAGGCGGCGGCGGUCGAACGUCACACUCCCAGCUUGGAUUCCCACCAUGCCGCCACCGUAGAUCCGCGUCUGCACCGUCCUCCCGCCGUCGUUCCUCGCCCCGCCAUGACCGCACCUGCCUCCCAGACGCUCAGCAACUUAGAAGAACAAAUGCCGGAAGGCAAGGUGAAGUUUGUGGCAGAGGAGAAAGACCUUGAGUCAGAUGAAACCCUCUGGGUCUUGUAUGAGCGCUGGUGCGAGGCUUUCAACCAGAAGCGUGACCAUGAUGAGAAGCUUCGCUGGUUCAGCACAUUCAAGAAGACCGUCCUGCACAUCCACAACAAGCCCAAUGUGGGCUACAGAAGGGGAAUAACCCAAUUCGCUGAUGGAAAGCUAAGGAAGCCCUGUUGCACUGACCUGCUUGAUCUUAAGAUUGCAGAGCAGGCUGACGGCCAUAAUGUUGAAUUUAUCACAGAUGACAGUGGCAAACUUUACAAGCGAGUCUACGCCGAUUAUAAAGUGGUUCGAGACAGACUUUAUGUCCAUUUGCCCAAGGGGGUUGAUGUGAAAACCAUCACCAGCAACCCUGAAUGGGCUGAGCUGGAAAAGUAUUACUCCACCAACCCUGAAUGCUAAGUUGUGCUAUGCUGAAUUGGUUGUUGCUCUUCUGCCAAAGAAGACAUCUGUGCUAAGUUGUGCUUUGGCAAUGCAUGCAUGCAUGCGAAUGCUUAAUAAUAUUUGUAUGCAGACUAUGUUAAUGCUUUUGUAAGAUACUUUGAAGUUUGUCUAAGGUGUUAUAAUAAUCUGGAACUCAUCAUUUGGUCGAAA